UCCCCUAGCGUCUGGCGAGCUGGCCGGAGAGCGCGAUCCGGGUGCGGAGCCCCGACGCUGCCCUGCCCCGGAUUUCAUUCCGCGGCGGGGGGCUCGGCGAGCGGAAUUCCGGCGGCUGCCGCGACUCCGGUGCAAAGCUGCAGUGACUGAAGGGGUUGUGGAUUUUCUGAAUUUCAAGAGCAGCAAAGUAGGAGAUAGCAGAGAGAACAAGAACAUAGGAACCUUGGGUUCCACCCAUUCUUUUCGGAAACUCCUGUGGCACCGAAUAGAGGACAGAGCACCUUAUAAGGACUUAAGAGACGACUUGUUGAAUUGGAUUGAAGCAUGACUCAGUCCACUUAUAUUGGAAGGAAGACUGAUAAAGAGAAAUAACAUGAUUCAGGACCACCAUUGAGUUCUUUGGGAUGCACAAAAGUGUCUGGCUGGGAAGCUGAUGAAAUAGAAGACAAGACCCUGCCUCAGGAAGCGUACAUGAGAAUAAUUUUAAAGGAACCCAGUGAUAAAUGCAAAACAGUAGCUGUUGGAGGUGUUGGAAAUGUACAGAAACAAUGGGAGAAGCCGGUAACUAAUAGGAAGCCAAGAUGACAAGAAUUUUAAAAAAUAAUCAAAGGAAGAAUCUUGUCCAAAAAUGAGGUGAAUGAAUGCUCAGGCACUCAAGAAGCCUGGACAGCUACAUGAGGUGUUUAAAUACUGCCCUGACCAACUCGCCACGCAAAUCUGUCAUGAGGCCCGACAGGAUAAAUGCACCACGGAGGGACAGUGUCCUGCCCUGUAGGAACGGGGCCUGCUGACCUGCCAGGAGCAAGCGGGGGGCUGCGUGUUAUCUGCCAGUACAAUGAAGGAAGUGGUUUAUUGGUCACCCGGUAAGGUGGCAGACUGGCUACAGGAGAAUGCCAUGCCAGAAUACUGUGAGCCUCUGGAGCAUUUCACAGGCUGGGACCUGAUCCACCUAACCCAGGAGGAUUUCACAAAACCCCCCCUGUGCCGAGUCUCCCCCGACAACGGGCAGCAGCUCUUGCGCAUGAUAGAGACCCUGAAGAUGGAGCACCACCUGGAAGCACACAAGAACGGCCACGCCAACGGGCACCUCAGCAUCGGCACAGACGUCCCCGCCCCUGAAGGCAGCUUCAGCAUCAAGGUCAAACCCAACGGGAUGCCAAAUGGGUACAGGAAGGAGAUGAUAAAGAUCCCCAUGCCAGAACCGGAGCGCUCCCAGUACCCCAUGGAGUGGGGCAAGACUUUCCUGGCCUUUCUUUAUGCCCUUUCCUGCUUUGUUCUCACCACAGUGAUGAUCUCGGUCGUCCAUGAACGAGUACCUCCUAAGGAGGUGCAGCCUCCACUACCGGACACGUUUUUUGACCUAUUUAACCGGGUGCAGUGGGCCUUUUCUAUUUGUGAAAUUAACGGCAUGAUCCUUGUAGGACUCUGGUUAAUUCAGUGGCUGCUCUUAAAAUACAAGUCUAUUAUUAGCAGAAGAUUUUUCUGCAUAGUUGGCACGCUGUACCUGUAUCGGUGUAUUACAAUGUAUGUAACUACACUCCCAGUACCCGGUAUGCAUUUCAACUGCUCUCCGAAGCUUUUUGGAAACUGGGAAGCUCAGCUGCGGAGAAUAAUGAAGCUGAUUGCUGGCGGUGGCCUGUCCAUCACGGGCUCCCACAACAUGUGCGGGGACUACCUGUACAGCGGCCACACGGUCAUGCUCACACUCACCUACCUAUUUAUCAAGGAGUAUUCCCCUCGACGACUCUGGUGGUACCACUGGAUCUGCUGGCUUCUCAGCGUGGUUGGCAUCUUCUGUAUUCUCUUAGCGCAUGACCACUACACUGUGGAUGUGGUGGUGGCUUAUUACAUCACCACGAGACUCUUCUGGUGGUACCACACUAUGGCCAAUCAGCAAGUGCUAAAAGAAGCUUCCCAGAUGAACCUCCUGGCCAGAGUGUGGUGGUACAGGCCAUUUCAGUACUUUGAAAAGAAUGUCCAAGGAAUUGUACCUCGAUCUUACCAUUGGCCCUUACCCUGGCCAGUGCUCCACCUUGGCAGGCAAGUUAAGUACAGCCGCUUGGUGAAUGACACGUAACAGCUGUGCGUGGUGGGGAACGAGGAACUGUCCGAAGUGCUAAGAACUCCAUGAGAGAAGAUGCCAUAAAAUAAACACCUCCCUAACCCUGUUCUCUUGCAACAGUUACCUUGACUUACCUAUUGAGUUACCUGGUCAGCACUGUGAUCUUUUUUUCUCUCCAAAGGACCUGCGUUGGACAACAAUAAAGAAAAUUUCACCUAUCAUGCACUGUACACAUUUCCUGUUCAUAAGUUUGGGAUUUACAUACCCUGCGACCACCAUGUUCCUUUGUAUAUGAUGCAACAGCAUAAAUGUAAGCUUUUAUAUCAUAAGUUCUGGUCUUUCCAGUCAUACCUGGAAAUAAAGCGUAUUAUUUUCUUGGGAAAACAUACUUUUCAUAUCUCUUGCCCCAAAGAUUGGGCUGUAAGCCAUUUUCUAGCAAAUGUCUCUAUGAAGGUUUCUAAGUACCUGAAUGGGGUUCGAUUCUGAAAUCUUUCUACCUGUUGCACCGAUAUUCAAAUAAAAAUGACAGACACAGAAAGGUUUGGUAACCUUGGGUUUUGUAAAAAUCAGCAGAGACAGUGUGUCAAAAAGUGCAAAAAAAAAAAAAGAUUCUGUUAUAAAGUGAUUUUCUAAGUAUUUCCUAACUUUAUUUUUCAAAAUGAUGUUACAAAAACCAAAUUUAAAGAUUUUUACAUGUCGGAGAGAAGAGAGUUAAAAUUUAAAAAUGCUUCUUGGGAGAGAAAUUUGUCUAUGUUUCUAGUGCCUUUCUUGUCUUGAUUGUAUGGUCAGUAGGCAAUCUUCAAUGUUUUUAUUUAAAAUGAAGUGUUCCAUGAAAAUAUAAAUGUAUGUAUACACUACUAAAUUUUGCAUUUAUAGCUAAAUUAAAUCAGAAGACUGCUUAUGGUUUUUAAAUCGCUAUGAAUUAAAGAAUGGGAGAGUUAAUUAGAAAGUCAGAGCCUGUUCCCAUAUUGUGAGCAGGUGGCGAUGACAUGCACCACUUCAAUUAUUUUAUCAUCUAUUUGGUAGUUCGAUUUUAACUAUACAAUGAAAACAGCCAUGAAUACUUUGUUUUUAAAAAGAGAGUUUUGAACAUGAUCACUAAAACUUGAAAGCUAUAUAUUAGUUUUCCAUACUCUCAUGACAAUUUUGUUGGUCAACAACAAAGAAGAGAUCUAUUUCUUUAAAAUAUAUUUGUGCAGGAACUGCAUGUAACUCUUAAGUUUUACUCCUAACAUGAGUAUGUUUGGGGAAGUAUUCUAUUCUAUACUUGCCAAUGUGGAGAACAAAAUAGUUUUUUAAGGAUGAAGAAGUAUAUAUAUCCAUUCUGUAUUUUAUGUGCAGCAGAAUUAUCUUCUGUAGGGUUUUUUUUGUGUAUUCACAAGGUGAUAUUUGUAUUGUAAAACAAUAAUGGUGAAGGAAAUAAAAAGGCUUUUAAAAUUUUGUUUGUUUUAAAUCUUUGUAAAGUUAUUAUUCCAGAGAGUAUACUGAUAUCUUAACAGCUUACCUAGAUCAUAAAUUAAUCAAAAUGCACUUUUUAAUAAAAACUGAUACUUAA